CUGCAGCAAGAGAAACAGUGUGUGAGGGGAAGCGGCCUGUUUCGCGACCGGGUCUCUAGUUCUUGCAUGCUCUUUAAGAGUCUGCAUUGGAGGAACUCUGCCAUUACGAACUCCCUUCUUGCAGAAGGGAGGGGGAAACAUACAUUUAUUCAUGCCAGUCUGUUGCAUGAAGGCUUUUUGGCUUCCUACCUUGCAACAAAAUAAUUGCACAAACUCCUUAGUGCCGAUUCCGCCCACAGAGAGUCCUGGAGCCAGAGUCGUCUUUGCUUUGCAUUGUAGCAAAGGGACUAAGUGAUAGAGACUAUGUCGCUUUCCUGAGCUCCUGAGAGCGCUGCUGAACUGGAAUCAACUGCUUCAGGGGAAGGAAAAAAAAAAAAGAGACUUGCCUGGGAGGCGGCGAGAAACUUGCAUUGGAAGCUCAGAAAGCAGCAUUCAAGAAACUCCUCUCCACUUUAGCACCAGACUCAGAGCCAAGAGACAGCAAACUACGGAGCGGUGAGAGAGAGAGAAAGAGAGCGAGAGGGAGGGAGAGACUCUCCAGCCUGGGAACUAUAACUCCUCUGCAAGAGGCGGAGUACUCCUUCCCCGCAUCUUUUGGAGACUUUUCUCUCUUCGCCCGCCUCCGCCCCGGCGAGGAGUGGAGGGGCCCGCUCGGCCGCCGCGCGCGUCCUCCCGCUCGGCGUGUGCUUGGCCCGGGGAGCCGAGAGGGCCCGGCGAUCGCGCCGCGGCCGCCGCGAGGGUGUGAGCGCGCGUGGGCGCCCGCCGAGCCGGGGCCAUGGUGCAGCAAACCAACAACGCCGAGAACACGGAAGCGCUGCUGGCCGGCGAGAGCUCGGACUCGGGCGCCGGCCUCGAGCUGGGCAUCGCCUCCUCCCCCACGCCCGGCUCCACCGCCUCCACGGGCGGCAAGGCCGACGACCCGAGCUGGUGCAAGACGCCGAGCGGGCACAUCAAGCGGCCCAUGAACGCCUUCAUGGUGUGGUCGCAGAUCGAGCGGCGCAAGAUCAUGGAGCAGUCGCCCGACAUGCACAACGCCGAGAUCUCCAAGCGGCUGGGCAAACGCUGGAAGCUGCUCAAAGACAGCGACAAGAUCCCUUUCAUUCGGGAGGCGGAGCGGCUGCGCCUCAAGCACAUGGCUGACUACCCCGACUACAAGUACCGGCCCAGGAAGAAGGUGAAGUCCGGCAACGCCAACUCCAGCUCCUCGGCCGCCGCCUCCUCCAAGCCGGGGGAGAAGGGCGACAAGGUCGGUGGCAACGGCGGGGGCGGCCAUGGGGGCGGCGGCGGGAGCAGUAACGCGGGGGGAGGCGGCGGCGGCGCGAGCGGCGGCGGCGCCAACUCCAAACCCGCGCAGAAAAAGAGCUGCGGCUCCAAAGUGGCGGGCGGCGCGGGCGGCGGGGUCAGCAAGCCGCACGCCAAGCUCAUCCUGGCGAGCGGCGGCGGCGGGAAAGCGGCGGCCGGCGCCGCCUCCUCCUCCUUCGCGGCCGAGCAGGCGGGGGCCGCCGCCCUGCUGCCCCUGGGCGCCGCCGCCGCCGACCACCACUCGCUGUACAAGGCGCGGACUCCCAGCGCCUCGGCCUCGGCCUCCACGGCGGCCUCCGCCGCCGCCCUCGCCGCCCCGGGCAAGCACCUGGCCGAGAAGAAGGUGAAGCGCGUCUACCUUUUCGGCGGCCUGGGCGCAUCGUCGUCGCCCGUCGGCGGCGUGGGCGCCGGCGCCGACCCCAGCGACCCCCUGGGCUUGUACGAGGAGGGGGGCGCGGGCUGCUCGCCCGACGGGCCGAGCCUGAGCGGCCGCAGCAGCGCCGCCUCGUCGCCGGCCGCCGGCCGCUCGCCCGCCGAUCACCGCAGCUAUGCCAGCCUGCGCGCCGCCUCGCCCGCCCCGUCCAGCGCGCCCUCGCACGCGUCCUCCUCGGCCUCGUCCCACUCCUCCUCCUCCUCCUCCUCGGGCUCCUCGUCCUCCGACGACGAGUUCGAAGACGACCUGCUCGACCUGAACCCCAGCUCAAACUUUGAGAGCAUGUCCCUGGGCAGUUUAAGCUCGUCGUCGGCGCUGGACCGGGACCUGGAUUUUAACUUCGAGCCCGGCUCCGGCUCGCACUUCGAGUUCCCGGACUACUGCACGCCCGAGGUGAGCGAGAUGAUCUCGGGAGACUGGCUCGAGUCCAGCAUCUCCAACCUGGUCUUCACCUACUGAUGGGCGCGCGGGCUGGGAGAAGAGGGCCGGGGGCGGGGGGGCAAGAGAGGGAAAAAAAAUCGACAGAGAGAGAGAGAGUGGAAAGAAUAAAAGGGGAAAAAAAAGGAAAAGGAAAAAAAAAAAGUGAGCAGGGUCGGCUUGGGCCGCAUCCCGGUCGUCGGAGAGGAGUGCAGCGGCGAGUUUGGAUCCGCGCUCCCAUCCCCCAUCUCCCCGGCCGCGGGGACGCGGGGGAGGCGGCGGUAGACGGGGGCGACCUGUUAUUGUUGUUACUGAUGUUGUUGUUGAUGGCAAAAAAGCGACUUCGAGUUUCCUCCCCUUUGCUUGAAGAGAGCCCCCCCUCCCCCUUUCCAACGAGCUUCCGGACUUGUCUGCACCCCCCCCCCAGCAAGAAGCCGAGUUGGUAAUUUUCUAGAGACUGGAGGAAUCUCUUUCCUCUCUCAUCGCCCCCUUGGUGUUUUUGUUUUAUUCUAUUUUAUUUUGUUUCUUGGUCAAGAGUGGAGGAAGAAAAAAAAAAAAAAAAUCCAACGUGCCCCUGGGGAUUUUGUUCUCAGCACCCCCCCCCCUUUUUUCCCCCAAAGAAGACUGAAGGCUUGGGGCGUCGAAUUUGACCGACGGCAGAGGUUUGGGGGUCUUGCAGCUUCGAGCGCCAGGACUGAGAGACUCCACGCUGGUGAAUUCCCGAUUUGGGGGGUUGGGGGGAGUUGGUUUUUUCUUUUUUUUUUUUCUUUUUCUUUUUUCUGGUCCCUGCAGCCAGAGGAGGAGAUGCUGAGUGACCGGCGCUAGGAAAUGACCUGAGAACCUAGUUGGAAGCCACACCAGCGAGGGCGAGGGGCGGGGGGAGAGAAGGACACGAACUGGACUGGAAGGGGCUCCUACUAAGACUGAAAUGGAUUUGCACGUUCGGGAGAAGGUGGCGGCGACUUCUGGGCCUCCACCUUCUGCAGAUAUGAAAUCAGUGAGCUGAGACUUCACAGGCCCGCAGGCGUGGAGGAGAGGAGACUGUUUGAUGUGGUACCGGGGCAGUGGAGGGCGAGUGGUUUCGGGGAAAAAAAAAAAAAAAAAGAUUUUUUUCUUCUCUUAAUCGGAAUCGUGAUGGUGUUGGAUUAUUUCACUGGUGGGGUUAAUAUAGCAUGUUAUCCUGUCUAUCUUUUAAAGAUUUCUGUCUAAGACUGUUGAGCAGUUUUUAAAAUAGUGUAGGAUAAUAUAAAAAGCAGAUAGAUGGCGCUAUGUUUGAUUCCUACAACGAAAUUAUCACCAGCUUUUUUUCAUUCUUAACUCUUUAAAGGAUUCAAACGCAACUCAAAUCUGUGCUGGACUUUAAAAAACAAUUCAGGACCAAAUUUUUUCUCAGUGUGUAUGUGUUUCUUCCUUAUAGGUGUAAAUGAGAAGACGUGUUAUUUUCCCUCACCGAUGCUCCAUCCUCGUAUUAUUUUUCCUUGUAAAUGUAAUCAGAUGCCAUUUUAUAUGUGGACGUAUUUAUACUGGCCAAACAUUUUUUUUAUUAUUUUGUCCCUUUCUUUUUCUUAACUUUCUUUUGCUAUUUUUUCUUUCUUUCUACUUCCUUUCUUUCUUCCUUCCUGCUUUUCUUUUCUUUUUCUUUCUUUCUUUUUUUUUUUUUUUGGUAGUUGUUGUUACCCACGCCAUUUUACGUCUCCUUCACUGAAGGGCUAGAGUUUUAACUUUUAAUUUUUUAUAUUUAAAUGUAGACUUUUGACACUUUUAAAAAACAAAAAAAGACAAGAGAGAUGAAAACGUUUGAUUAUUUUCUCAGUGUAUUUUUGUAAAAAAUAUAUAAAGGGGGUGUUAAUCGGUGUAAAUCGCUGUUUGGAUUUCCUGAUUUUUAUAAUAGGGUGGCUGGUUAAUAUCUCACAGUUUAAAAAAUCAGCCCCUAAUUUCUCCAUGUUUACACUUCAAUCUGCAGGCUUCUUAAAGUGACAGUAUCCCUUAAUCUGCCACCAGUGUCCACCCUUUGACCCCAGUCUUAUAAAAAGGGGAGGGAAUUAGCCAAACACUGUAUGCUUUUAAGACAAACAAAUUUUUUAAACGAAAUACUAUUCUGUCCAGAGGCUUUAAAACUGGUGCAUUUACAGCAAAAAGGGAUCCUGUAGCUUUAAUUUGUAAACCACAUCUUUUUUGCACUUUUUUUAUAAGCAAAAACGUGCCGUUUAAACCACUGGAUCUAUCUAAAUGCCGAUUUGAGUUCGCGACACUAUGUACUGCGUUUUUCAUUCUUGUAUUUGACUAUUUAAUCCUUUCUACUUGUCGCUAAAUAUAAUUGUUUUAGUCUUAUGGCAUGACGAUAGCAUAUGUGUUCAGGUUUAUAGCUGUUGUGUUUAAAGAUUGAAAAAAGUGGAAAACAUCUUUGUACAUUUAAGUCUGUAUUAUAAUAAGCAAAAAGAUUGUGUGUAUGUAUGUUUAAUAUAACAUGACAGGCACUAGGACGUCUGCCUUUUAAGGCAGUUCCGUUAAGGGUUUUUGUUUUUAAACUUUUUUUUUGCCAUCCAUCCUGUGCAAUAUGCCGUGUAGAAUAUUUGUCUUAAAAUUCAAGGCCACAAAAACAAUGUUUGGGGGAAAAAAAAGAAAAAAUCAUGCCAGCUAAUCAUGUCAAGUUCACUGCCUGUCAGAUUGUUGAUAUAUACCUUCUGUAAAUAACUUUUUUUGAGAAGGAAAUAAAAUCAGCUGGAACUGAACCCUAAA